AUGUCUCCUCAUUAUUCCCACUACAGGCCAACCACCCCACCAGGUCUGCCAACGGGGGAGUAUAUCCGGACCGGUAGUCAUAGCCGCAAUGCCUCUGACUCGUCCAUAUACUCUAACGACUCGUCCCCAUGGUCUGCGGUCACCUCGGCUACUAGCGCGAGUGAUGACUCGCCUCCCCGGCAUCACCAUGGACCUACUCUACUCCCCAGGAUCAGAUCACAGGACGUGAUCAUCGAGCCGGCCCCCAGUGGUGGCCAGCAACGCCAACGUCGUGUCUUAUCGAACACACGAAACCCGCCAGGCUUUCUUCCAUAUCCUCCCAGCCGUGCUUCGGGGCAGCGCAAUGCUGGAGAGUCCGCAGCUCUGCUAUCUCCGGUCUCGCCGAUGUACAGCUCCUCUCACCACGGUUCGACAUUGUCAUCCCCCGUCAGUAUCACGCCGUCGCACAAGCGUAAAACCUCCGGCGGGCACUCUCGCUCAGGUUCUUGCUCCAGUAUCGACGAGGCCACUUUGAACCGAUACGGCUAUCCCACCUAUCGGCAGCUUCCUAGAUACUCGAUACAACCGCAAGCGUCUCCUACAACGCCGGUCACGCCGAUCACGCCCAAUAUCGUUGUGUACCCGCCAUACUCGCAAUGUUCCCCCAAUGAUACCGCGCAAGUCAGGGUUCGAACUUGUACCCAGGUGCCGCUGGUAUUGCCCGCUUCUCCCUACGGCUACUCUCGAGUUCCGAGUGCCCAGAGUUCUCCCGUCGGAUUUGUCCACCCGGACGAAGGACUGCACCCUCAAUCCACCAAUCUACUUUGCUAUUUGACCGCACCAACGCAAGCUAUUAACCUAGUGCGGAAUGUGAGCGUGGUCCCUACCCGGGGGAUGCAUGAUUACUUCUGGUGGGACAUCCGGAAUCUGCGCAGCUGGACCUCUUUUUCGCUGCACACCUUCAAUUCUAUCAGUGGCCUCACCAAACUUCUGAAAACCGCAAUCUCUUCGCAUCUGACGCCGCCGACAGCGGUCUCAAGCUCUCGUCUUGCGCCCGACUCCGAGGCCGCUUUGGUGAGCCUGAUUCAUGAUUUGUACGCGCCUCGCGUGAACGCUGCUCUGGCUGUCUCCCAAGGGUCUGACCACUUGACACUCUACCCGGCCCCUGUCCCGCGCACCACUGCCAACAAAAACUACGGAGGGCCACAUUUCCUCGCCAACUAUGCCUCGGAUAGGGAAUGCACCAGCUCUGGCUUGCCUCGCGGACGGCUAGUUGGCAUCGUCAAAACCUUCGACCGUUGGAAUACCGGGAUGCGCAACGAAGCGCCCCAUCGGCGAGUCGAGUACCUCAAUGGCUUGGCACAUCUCCAACGGUGCAUGCGCGAACACUCCUGCCGAUAUGGUUUCAUCAUUACCGAGAUUGAGCUUGUUUGCGUACGAGCGGGGUGUGACGAAGGCGACGACGUGCCUUAUUUUGGCUUCUUGGAGGUUUCUCCUCCGAUUCCUACGAAGAUUGCCGCAGGACGCGGUGCUAGAAACUCGAGAGCAUCAGAACCCUACGCUCAUUCUCCGACACCGUCCAGCGACAGCUCUUUGGCCAGCCAGUCUCCGCUGCUCGAUGGAACCCCCGAGCCGACUCCGAGCGCUCUUGACAUACCAAUGACCGCCACUCUGGCGCUGUAUUUCUUGUUGAUGCUGUCCAAAUCGGUUCCUUUGCCGUCCCAACCGUCAGCACACCUCAACGUUGGCGGACCGGGUGCACUGACGCGACAGCGUAUUCUGCCGGAGGGAAAGGAUAGCUGGAUUCCACAACCGCAGAUUGGCGAGCGCCGUGAUGCAAAACGAGUGCGCGGCUGGGUAUGGCCGCAAGAUGCCUGGCAUCGACGCGAGGGGGGAGGCGUUCCGCGCUCGCGAGCAGGGGAAUCCAAACCAAAGAAGUGGCACAAAUAA